CCACACGAAUCAGCUAUUAUCACUUAACACCGCACAAAAAUGGCUGCUAAAACACAAACCACAGCCCCUUUCGUCUGCCUCCUCAUCUGCAUCUGCAUCUGCAUCUCCACCACCACCUCCACCUCCACCUACGGCAGCAAAACCAGGCCACGCCGCCCGUGCAAAGAGCUCGUUUUCUACUUCCACGACAUCCUCUACUUAGGAUACAAUUACCACAAUGCCACUGCUACCAUAGUAGGCUCUCCUAAAUGGGGAAACAAGACUGCCAUGGCUAAACCAUUCAAUUUUGGCGACUUGGUUGUGUUUGAUGAUCCCAUUACGUUAGACAACAAUCUGCAUUCGCCCCCAGUCGGACGAGCUCAGGGCAUGUAUCUCUACGAUCAAUGGAGUAUUUAUGGUGCAUGGCUUGGAUUUUCAUUUUUGUUCAAUUCUACUGACCAUGUUGGAACACUAAACUUUGCUGGAGCUGAUCCAUUGAUUAACAAAACUAGGGACAUUUCAGUAAUUGGUGGAACUGGCGAUUUUUUCAUGGCUAGAGGGAUUGCCACUGUGUCGACCGAUGCAUUUGAAGGAGAUGUUUAUUUCAGGCUUCGUGUGGAUAUUAAAUUGUAUGAAUGUUGGUAAAUUUAGCUAAUUUUUCAUGGCUUUUUAAAUCUGAUUUUGCGCGGAUUUGACGAAUAAUUUCUUCUGUGUGCUUUGUUUUUGGAACAACCUGCGGUGAUUUUAUCAAUUAAACUGUAAUUGUUACAUGUUUAAGAUUUUAUUCCUUAAGCAUGGUCAUAGACCUUUCUGUUUCUAUUUGAA